UCGUUGACUCCCUUCUUUCUUCACACCUGUGCGAGAAAUCUCCGCUACAGAUUGCCCUGAGAGCGGCAGCGGAGCGGAGCGGCGACGAGCUCCCCGCUCCGCUGGAGGUCGCCACCAGCCCCCAAGCAGGGGUGCCGGCCUAGCGUGAAGCCGCGAGCGCCUCCAGAUCCGGAAGCUUCUGCUCUCCGACUUGGUCCUCCUACGGAUCUGGGCGCACCUACUCUGUCACCGCCCUCGGAUCCGGCCGCUCAAAGCACGGUGCACGUCCGUGGCGAUCUUCCACAACCUCCUCGUCGGCGGGGAAUCCUUAGAGCUGGCAGCCUGCCAGGUGCUGUCCUGACGAUGGCCUAUUCUCCAGCUCGCCGGUGAAGAAGCUCUCCAGCUUAACCACUUGUCCGCGUUUUGGGCUGGCGCAAGAAAUUCGGCUGUGAUUUUGCCAUCCAGACCGACAGUAAAUGCCAAGGCGUGGGGCGAUAUCGACUGAUCCAAAUACAGAGGCGAAGCAGAGAGACAUGGCAGAGGGGGCGGCGGCUGUCUCCGCAGGUAUGCAGGUUUUGAAGAGCGGCAGCGCAAUCAUCUUUGGCAACCUCAACAGCAAGCUCAAAAAAGAUAAGGACCUCCGGAGGGCACUGGUGAUAAACAAGGAGUGGAUCAUGACCGAGAUGGAAUUGUUAACGUUACAAGUCGGAGCUGGACACGGGCUGAGCGAGGAGGAGAAUGACCGCAGCGAGGCGUGGCACGUAUGGGCUCAGAAGAUUCGGGAGCUCAAGUACGAAAUAGAGGACUGCAUAGUUUCCUAUGAAGGCAGGGUCACUUGCAAGAGUGGCGCGCCGUGGUACCGUCGCAAGCUUCACCCGGCAAUGACUCUGCCCACCCGCACUAGAUAUGCCAAGAAGAUCGCCGAAUUCAGGGUGCGUGUCAGCAGAUUAGUUCAACAGAGAGACGAUCAUGUCCAGAGCACCGCCGCUGUCAACGCUGCACCGGCAACACGCCAAGCGACCAUCUACACCAAACGCAAGAAUAUCGAGGGCAUCGGCAAGUCCAAGAAUGCCCUCCUUGAGCUGUUAGACCUGCAAGCGUUCGUCAAGGGCCAACCGGAGAUCCUCGAGGUGGUCCAAGUUAAGUCCGAGAUUGUAGAGGUGGCCGAGGGCCAACCGGAGGUAGUCGAGCGUGAAGCUGUUGAUCAGAAACUCAAGGUGGUGUCUGUCGUUGGGUUCGCGGGCCUGGGAAAGACCACCCUUGUGGAGUCCGUGUUCCAUAGUAAUGAUAUCACCCAGAGGUUCCCUCGUCGGGCAUGGGUUGUGGCGUCAAGUCACGAAAAAACAAGGGAUCUUCUCGUGGAGAUAAUUAAUCAGUUGAAUCUGGCAGAAACAAUCAAGCCAAACUCUCUUCAGCCUCAGGACAUACUGGCAGAAGAACUCAACACAUGUCUGCAGAAUGGACCCAGCUUUUUUGUCGUAAUUGAUGACCUGACAACGGAAGUACAAGAAUGGGAUGCCAUAAAAUCUGCCUUCCCUACGGAGGGAGCUGAUGGAAGAAUUAUUGUUACCACACGUAUUCAAUCGAUGGCUACAAGCUGCAGUUCAAAUGGAGGCUGUGUUCAUCAAAUGCAAGCUCUUGACAUGACUGACUCUGAAGCCUUAUUUCUCAAGGAAGUUUUCGGCGAUACAUGUACAUCUUGUACACCUGAUUUUGAAAUAGGUUUAAAGCACAUCUUGAAGACAUGUGAGGGUUGGCCACUUGCUUUGCUUGACAUUGCUCAGCUAGUAAAGAGAUUCCAUGGAACACCGACUGGUGCUGACUGUCGGAGUAUCUGUAGCGAACUAGGUUCUCAUCUGGAUUGUCAUCAGACCAGAGAGUUGGCAAGAACAAGACAAGUGAUUGUCGAUAGCUUCCGUUUCAAUUUCAACAAGAAAGAUGAUGAGCGUCUCAGGACCUGCUUGUUGUAUGCAAGCAUAUACCAGAAGUUGGAUCGAACCAAAUGGAAAAGCCUACUCAGGCGAUUGUCAGCAGAAGGUAAUAGUGUCACUCCCACCCAGUUUGAAGAUUUGUUGGCAAAAGGUGAGGACAGUGUCACCCGUCAGCAAAUUGAGGAGUUGUUCAACCGGUGUAUCAUUCAUCGGCGGGACAUUAGGCAAAACUGUAAGGUGAAGACAUAUCAGAUUGGUCCUGUACUGCUUGAAUUCAUGGUCUGCAAGCAAGCCUGCAGAAACUUCAUCACUCUGAUACAAAAUGGCGAACGUCAACCUUAUUGUGGGAAAAAAGGCAGUGUCGUUCGUCAACUCUACCUGAGUGGCAACACUGCAGGGACUGGCGAAAAAGACAGUCUGUCCAGUAUCAGGUCACUUACAAUCUCUGGUCAUGAUGGCGACGAACUGGUGGAUUUUGACAAGUGUAAGAUGCUACGAGUCUUGGAUGUAGAACAGUGCAAGCAGGUUAAGGACACAGAUCUCCAGAAGAUUUGCAAGCUGUUCUACCUCAAUUAUCUGAACCUGAGAGGCACCAAUGUGAAGACGCUUCCAAGGAAAGCAGCAAAGCUACAUUACUUGCAGAUACUGGACAUGAGGGAGACAGACGCAGACAUAGAAUUGCCUAUGGAAGUCCUAAUUCUGGGACAGCUAGUCCACCUGUUUGGCCGAUUUAAGCUACCUCCUGAGCUAAGCAAAGUGGGUGCAGGGCAUGCGGUGAUGAGAAAAAGUAAACUCAAGACAUUUGCAGGAUUUAUCCUUGACGAUUGCAAAGGUUUUCAACACAUCAUGUCUGAUAUAAAGACAUUGAUGAAGGUCAAAAUAUGGUCCGGGACUGAGAGUUCUCAAGGAAAGGACUUAGUUGAGUGCUUAGUCCCUUCCCUUCAGAAGCGCUUCACUGAAGAUUCUGUCCUGGAGUCGCUGUCAAUUGAUUUCGGCAAUGACUCCAUAGACUUCCUGAACUCCCUACAAGGUCCUUGUGCUCUCGAAUCAAUUAAACUGCACGGUAAACUAACAGGAUUGCCAGGCUUCUUUUUUGAAGAUGUAUUUGCUGUUCAAGAGCUGCAACUUUCAAAAACUGGUUUGAGCUGCAAAGUUUUGUCAGCCCUGCAAAAUCUGAACCGAUUGCUCUAUCUGAAGCUGCAUGAGGAUUCACCCAUUGUUGCAGAUCCUGCAGAUCCAGAUGCUGUAAAAAAUGACAUAUUUACCUUCAGUCCGAGUGGGUUCAAAAGCCUUAAGGGGCUGUGCUUUCAGACCCCAAAGCUUCCGAAAAUGGAUAUCAAGGUAGGAGCUUUGCCGGCUCUUGAGUCUCUUCAGCUGCUCUCUCAAAAUAUAGAAGGCAUGGAUGUGUCUUCAUUCCAACAUCUCGACCAUCUCAAGGAAGUGACUUUUCACUCUCCUGUUGAUGCACAAACAAUGCAAUUUUGGGAAGAUGAAGCAAAGAAGCACAAAAACAGGCCAACAAUUUCUGUUACUCAUAGUCAGAAUACAUCACAGGGACAGGCCAACAAUUAGCAAGGUAUACAUAUAUCUUGCCAUCUUGAUAAGGAAUUUAUUAAAAGUGCAGCCCCAUACAUAUGUAUGGGGCUGCACUUUUAUCUUGAUAAGGAAUUUAUUAAAAUGACAUUUUGUGCUGGGGUAUAUGUAUGGGGCUGCCCCAUGUGGAAUUUAUUAAAAGUGCAGCCCCAACAAUUCCUUUGUUUGCAUGCCCUAAAGAAUGGAGCGGAAACUGGGAGAAGACUGGUCAAUUUGUUUCUGUGCAUCAAUCGAUGCACACAGCCCUCAGUUUGAAGAUUACUCUUGGAGUAUUUUUCCUUACUCUUUUAGUUAUUGAGACCACAUGUAUCUUCUAUUUUGUUUGAGCUAUGCUCUUCUGUUAUCGAGAGAGCUAUAUUGUUGUCGGUUGCUGCAGCUACCAAUAAAGCUUUGUGUGUUCAUUCCAAA